AUGGCAGAUCUCGAAGCUGUGUUAGCCGAUGUUUCCUAUUUAAUGGCAAUGGAGAAAUCCAAAUCCACACCAGCAGCUUCAGCGAGUAAAAAAAUCGUUUUACCCGAUCGAACAGUACGAAGUGUCACACACAAACAUUUACAAAAGAUGUAUGAAAAUACAUUCGACAAAAUCUUCAAUCAACAAAUCGGAUUUCUUCUUUUCAAAGAAUUUUGCUCGACAUUAUGUGACGAACCUGUGCCUCAAUUGAAAUUCUAUGAAGAGAUCAAACGAUUUGAAAAACUCGAAACCGAUGAAGAGCGAUGGCGAGUUGGAAAAGAAAUUUAUGAUCAAUUUAUCAUGAAAGAAUUACUUUCCAAUUCACAUACUUACACCGAACGAGCUGUGGAAAGUGUGAAGAAACAUUUAUCGAAAUAUAAUCCAAAUAAUCCGAAGAACACAUUACCAUCGAAUUUAUUUGAACCUUAUAAGAAAGAAAUAUGUGAUUUACUACGUGGAAGAAUUUUCGAUAAAUUUAUUGAAUCGGAAAAAUAUACACGAUUUUGUCAAUGGAAGAAUUUCGAAUUGAAUAUUCAGUUGACAAUGAAUGAUUUUAGUGUACACAGAAUUAUUGGCCGGGGUGGUUUUGGUGAAGUUUAUGGAUGUAGAAAAGCAGAUACAGGAAAAAUGUAUGCAAUGAAAUGUCUUGAUAAAAAACGUAUUAAAAUGAAACAAGGUGAAACAUUAGCAUUGAAUGAACGUAUUAUGCUUUCACUCGUCAGCACAGGAGAAGAGGGUUGUCCAUUCAUUGUUUGUAUGACAUACGCAUUUCAUACAGCAGAUAAACUUUGUUUUAUUCUCGAUCUUAUGAAUGGUGGUGAUCUGCAUUAUCAUUUAUCUCAACAUGGAGUUUUCUCGGAAAAAGAAGUGAAGUUUUAUGCCGCGGAGAUUACCUUAGGAUUGGAACAUAUGCAUCUUAGAUCAAUUGUGUAUCGCGAUCUAAAACCUGCAAAUAUUCUACUUGAUGAACACGGUCAUGUUCGUAUCUCAGAUUUGGGUUUAGCUUGUGAUUUUUCCAAGAAAAAGCCACAUGCCAGUGUGGGAACACAUGGAUAUAUGGCGCCAGAAGUUUUAGCUAAAGGUGUAGCAUAUGAUUCAAGUGCUGAUUGGUUUUCAUUUGGUUGUAUGUUAUACAAAUUACUCAAAGGUCAUAGUCCAUUUCGUCAACAUAAGACAAAAGACAAACAUGAAAUUGAUAAAAUGACCAUGACAAUGUCGAUUGAAUUACCGGAGACAAUGACAAAUGAAAUGCGAACNUGCUGCUUUUGUUGUCAUUUUCGAAAUAUUUCUUCUUUUUCUUUUUGA